AUGCCCGAUUCCUCAUCAGCCCAGCGCAAGGGUCGCUUCACGAAACCUCACGAUCGCUCAUGGACAGCCUCCCUCAUUUGCUCAUACAUCUUCGACUGGGUCGUUCUCGUCAUCGUCGCGGGAGCUGGCGGCGGUCUCCAUCUCAUCGAGCCAAACAAGCGUCCGUUCUCUCUUGUCGACCCCAACAUCGCGUUUCCCUUCACCGAAAGUGAGACGGUACCUGUCUGGCUUCUGCUCGUACUGAACCUUUUUGUUCCCGCCCUCAUCAUACUCUUAGUGUGCUUGAUCUUCGUUCCCGGCAACACUGUCCCCGAGGGUACACCCAAGUCUCUCAUCUGGAAGCGGAAGCUAUGGGAGCUCCACGUCGGCCUGCUUGGCCUAGCCUUGGCUAUUGUCGGUGCGUGGUUCAUCACCAAUGGAAUGAAGAACAUGUUCGGCAAGCCGCGACCUGACCUGCUGUCGCGAUGCGAACCCGACUGGUCACUUUCAACAGAUUUCAUCAAGAUCAGCGAUGAGGAAGAAGCGCUGGGCCUACAGAACUACGGCCGCCACAGUCCUAGUCCGAGCGGGUCAAGAGCGACGCACCGUGUCUUCAACGGUCAUGCUGCUGAUCAUCGUGAUCAAGGUCACGAGCAAGCAGACUAUUUCGAUCCUGCCUCGGAAACACCAUCAGCUCGACGCCUCGACAGCCGUCAAGAUGGCCAAAGUAUGGGUCAUUUUGACCCUUAUAUCUCUGCGCAGGCUCGCUAG